AGUUGCCUCCCAGGAGCCUUGAUAUCAUAAAGGAACUGGCUGAGCUCUCCUGCCUAAUCUGUAGCUUCCCAUACUCUUCCUUGCGAGGGUUAAUAGGUUGAGAAGAUACUGAAAAUGGCUACUGCCCAGGUGCAAAGGAACAUAGUGAGCUCAGUGCAGAUUCCCACUCGUGUAACUACAGAACAGCAGUCCCUGGCUCUCAUUAAAAGGCUCCUUGCUGUCUCAAUCUCCUGCAUCACUUACCUGAGAGGACUGUUUCCUGAGUAUGCGUAUGGGACCAGAUAUAUAGAAGACAUCUGUGUGAAGAUCCUCCGAGAAGACAAAAGCUGUCCUGGUUCAACCCAGUUAGUGAAAUGGAUGUUAGGAUGUUACGAUGCAUUGAAGAAAAAAUAUCUCAGAAUGGCCGUAAUAGCGAUCUAUACAAACCCAGAAGAUCCACAGACGAUUACAGAGUGCUAUCAGUUUACAUUUAAGUACACUGCUAGCGGUCCCGUCAUGGAUUUCACCAGCUGUAAAGGUGACAACUCCGUUUCGGCCAGUUCAGAUAUAAAACAGGCCAGCAUUCUGCUUAUCCGCAAGCUGUACGUCCUCAUGCAGAAUCUGGAACCUCUGCCUAAUGAUGUCUGCCUAACGAUGAAGCUUUUCUACUAUGAUGAAGUUACCCCGGCAGACUACCAGCCUCCUGGUUUCAAAGAGGGGUGCUGUGAUGGGAUGAUGUUUGAGGGGGAGCCAAUGCACCUCAGUGUGGGCAAAAUGUCUACCCCUUUUCACGUCUUUAAAGUAAAAGUCACCACAGAGAAAGAUAGGAUGGAGAAUGUGGAGAAGGCCGUACUCAAGAGUGUGGAGAGCAAAACACCUUCACAGCCCACUGGGACAGUCAUGGAGGAUGGAAAACAGCCUGAUCAUCGGAUGGCAGAUGAAUUGGUUAAUAAAGAGGAUUGGGAGAAACAUAACGUGGACUCUAUGAACAUUGAAGAAAUAAGCCUGACUUGUCAAGAGACUGAAAACGAGAAGCCUGAUCAAAACGAGGAUUACCAGGAUAAUGAGACACUGUCUGCCGACUCUAGUCCAGUAGCUAAAGGCCGCAGAACUAGAAGUGGGAAGAUCUUUAUAAAGCAGAUACAGGAAUCAAGCAGCAGGGCGAACCAAGCCACUUCUAUCAAGCAAAGGAAGACUCGUCAAACCGACAAGCGUAGACAACCGUUUGAAAUCCCCCUGAGUCAGGAAGAACUCAAUGCACCAAAGAGAAGAAAGUAUAGUGAACCAAAAGACCCAUAUUAGGCACAUUUCAUUAUGUUGUUCUUUCCAGUGUUAUAUAUGAGAUAGUUUGGAUUUGACAGUUCUGUGUGGAUGAUGACCCGUUUAUCAUGUCAUUCCAUUCUUUACACAAUAUGUCUGAAAGUUCAAAGUGUUUCCUUUCAUUUACUGAAGUUUAAUGCCAGUUUAAUAUUUAUAUACUGUAUACAUAUCCGGAGUACCAGGGAGAGACAAAGAACAAAGCUACUUAUCAUUGUGUCUAAUAAAAUGCAGGCCCUUGUGUUCUCUUAAAGGGAUUCUAUAGUGUUGGGAUUACAAAUCUGUAUUCCUAACACUAUAGUUCCAUCUGGUUCCUCCUCCCCCCUCCCUCACAUAGGAUUAAAAAAAAAUUAUUUACUCACCCGAUUCCAGCGCUGAUGUCCCUCGGCAGUGGGUCGGCGCUCUGUCUUCCCCUACAUCAUCUUAGGCCCUCCCAUAGGAAAUCAUUGAAUCAGUGUUUUCCUAUAGGGAUUUCACUGGCGCUGGAU